AUGUUCCAACCCACCCUCACCUCUCUCCUCCUCCCCCUCCUCGCCCUCCUCACGGCCCCCAUCUCCGCCUACGACUUCUCCACCACCCUCCCCACAUCCGGCAUCCCCGACGCCCAAAAAAACGACUGGUGCACCACGCACGUCGAAACCUGCGGCUACAUCUGCGGGACGGGGAUGGGUACCGACAACCUAGGCGUCAAGACCAACUCGUGCCUCUACACUUCUCUCCAAUACGAAUGCGUCUGCAUCAAGGACAAUUUGAAGGUCAAGAUGGAGCUUUUCCAUUACACGGUGCCGGGCCUGAUGUGCGAGGCGGCGUGGAAGGCGUGCAGAAAAACGAAUGAGGGGAAUGAGGCAGUAAAAAAGGAGUGUGAUGAGAAGAUUAGAAGAAAAUGCGGACAUUUGAGGACGAAGGAGCAGGAGACGAAGAAUGAGGGGAUUUAUGGGUUUUUUAAGAGUCUUGGGGGGAGCCAUAAGAGGAAGGUUCGGAGAAGGUUUGAGGCUUGA